AUUGCUAAUGGGCUAUUGUAUUUCGUCGACAUGUCCGGCCGUGGAAGUGUGAGACGCCCACUAACCCUAGCUGUUCGCGCAGAUCUCUGAAUAGUGAUCUUCUUCUCUGCGGCAGAAGCGUUUGUCCUUUGCGCUCCCUUCCCCUCGCUGAAACGGCCGAGCUUUAACAUCAUAUACAAUCCAUUCAAUUCCAUCUCCCGCUACGUUGUGAAUCAAUGCGUCGUUCAUGGCUCAUAAAUAUUCCAGCCGUUGCUCCUCCGUCGUCGAGGCAAGACUGCUCCGGUCUUCGGUUCUGGGAGGCGAGAAAUAUCGCGAGCUCAUGUGGGUUGACAUGCUCUUCCUGGACGUCAACGCAAUUGAAGAACAAAGAUGAGGAUAGAGUAGUUAAGAACAAUGAAGGUCUGCCUCAGCCAUUUUUGGGAAGCUGCAAUGAUCGUGCAAGGCAGCUCCAGGCUUCUUCUUCAGGUCUUUUCCCAUGUUUAAAGGCGUUCAAUCCCCUGGAGGUAGCAAAGAGUCAGACUCUGUGAAGGUUGCUAGAGGAGUUAAAGCUGUUUCCAGGAGGACACAGUCAUUGGUUGAGAGGUUUGAGAGAAGAGACACAAUUACACUUCCGGAAGAAAGAUAAAGCAGCAAUAGUUCAGAGCACUAAUGCUGUGGAGAAAGUGGCCAAAUCAUCAUCGAUACGAGCAGUUAGCAUAACGCCUACCCAGGUCAUGGAAGUUGAACUUGAUGAGGCAACUAACUUGACCACAGUUGAAACUCCUGUGAUAUUUAUUGCAAGAGCUAAUUGUAAUAUCCAGCUGUUUUUAAUCAACAAUGCAGUUCUCUGCAACUUUCUUACAUGUUUAUUUCUUAUUUAAUUUCUGGUUGGCUAUUACAUAUGUUGCUAACACUAUACACAAUUUUAUUGUGGUAUCAAUGAGAUGACGUCUACAAGUUUAACUCUGG